UUUAUAUUAAUUAAUUAUUUGUUUAUUACUAAACAUAUUAAAUUAGCUAGCGAUCUUAUAAACUUUUUUGAGACUUAAAUGAAUUAUUCUACUUUUAUAAUCAUUUCUCUUUUGGCUAUUUCAGCAUAAUGCCAAUGCAAUCUAAAAGAUAUACCAUGUUCUUCUGAUUGUAUUAAAAUUGGUUUUAUUAAAAGUGAUGUAAAUUAAUCAUGCGCAGCUCCUACCGACUGUAUAUAAGGUAGCAAAUGUGGUAAUGACUAAUUAUCAGCUUGUACUCUCAUCGGUUAUUAAAGUGUUUAAAGCGUAUGUGUAGCUCCUACUGAUCAAUAAUGUUUAAAUCCUGCUAAUUAGCUAUGUUCAAACAGUUUAAGUGUUUGUAUUACCAAAAAUGGAUUCUCUGCUCCUCUCAAUGCUAAUACUUGUGUUACUCCAGAUAAUUGCUAAACUGCAAACACCGGCCUUUGUGGAGCAGGAAAAACUUACUGUUUAAACUAAGGUUUUUCUAAAAGUACUACCUCUAAUGAUUGUAUAUGUGAUACUUCUAAAAAUACAGUUUAAAAUACUUAAUGCAUACCUAUCUCAAAAAGCACAAAGCCUAUCCUAACUAUUUCUAUUAUUUUGGGUUUAAUAACUCUAUUUAUUUGA